GUUGACCGUGCGACCCAAAUGUCCCGCAAAAUCCAUGGGGAGCGCCGAACUGAGUCCGUCAUGUCAAUGGCAUCUGCACGAAGCAACGGACAGCAGCAACGUUGAGCAGAGGCGGCCGCGCACGAUGCCUUGUUCCGUAGAGCGGGUGCCUCUCUUGGCUACGAUGAGAUCCACAUGAUCGCGUUCGAGUGGCUGCCGCUUUGGAUCUUUUGGUUCGGCUACAACAGCCUCAUCACCUCCAUGACGACCUAUCUGAUGCUGUGGUAUGUGGAGAUCGACCUGGAGAACAAGGCCUUGCUAUUCCCGGGCAUUGGCGACUCGCUGCCGCGGAGAGGUGUGGACAAUCUGGGGGAGUAUGUCUUUUGCCUGCAGAAUGACGUGAAUGUCGCCAGCUGGUCUUUGGAUUUGAACUUCCGGGGGAUCUGCGUGGAGUUCGACAACUACAACGUUCUGGGGGUGGCCAAUUACAGCUGCCUGCUCCUGUGCUUCGUCCUGGUCUUCGGCAGCAUGCUCGCAGUGCUUCUCUCCCGCGGCGCAGACUUGCGCACCGGGAAGUAUCUGGCAGGCAAGUGGGACUUCGAGCGCAACAGCUUCUACCGGUGUUUGGUGAUUCUUUUGCUGAUGUCCCCCUUGAGCUGCAUGGCCUGCGCGGCCUACGUCUCGGGGACCACCUUGAGAACCAGGGCUUUCGUCGACCUGCUCCAGGCUUUUCUGUAUUAUGGCGCCGAUUCCACGUUGGUCACUAUUGCCAGCGCCUACGCCCUCCUGCCAAGCUGGCAUCCCCGCUUCGACUACCACACGGAUGCCUUCCAGCACCUCCGUUUCCGGCGCACCUGGUACGACGUCUUCUGCAGCAGCUCUAUUGCCUUCUACCAGCAACUGGAGGAGGCCAUCCUGUUGGCGCAGAGCGGCAGCUGGCAAGCCCUGCGUGAGCUCUUGGAGGAGCCGAAUCAGGCGGAGGAGCUGGUCAGGGCCUGCGAAAUCAGCGACUCCCUUUCCACCGCUUCCAGUUCAGCCACUGAGAGCACGGACGCCGAGGCCGAGGCGUCCGGCUCGGAAGCCGCAGCGGCGAUGGUGCCUCGCUCCGGACAACCAUUGCUUUGGCCCAGGAGCGCAUCUCAGGUGGACUCCGUUGCAUCAUCCAGAUGAUUUGCGUCUGGCAACGAGCUGAAGCAACCCCGAGCUGCAGUUGACUCAUGCGCGCGAAUCGAAUCACAGGGCCGUACCUUCCAGCGUUCACAUGGCGCAUUUCGUGGUCUACGCAGCCAUGCCAGCCUCCGCAACCUGCUGGGCGAACCUCGAAGGCACCAAGGGAGCGACCUGGAGUUCCAAAGCGGCGACCUGGGCUGAGCGAAAUGUGCGAGCGAGGGCGCGAGCGAA